AUGGGAUACCCGAGCGCAGGCUGCCGCACGUGCAAGAAGCGCCGCGUCAAGGCCGGCCGCGACUGUGACUGGGACCAGGGCACCGAGACGGGGCUGCAGUUCCGCUCCGAGAAUGCCUUUGCCCAGGGCCAGGCCCGCCGCCCGCGUCGCGGCAAGGGCGGCACGCAGCAGCAGCACAUCAUGCAGACGCCGGACCAGCCCCAGCCGAACCGGCCCCAGCCCGUCGUCGUCGUCGGCCACGACGGCCACGACCGCGACCGCGGGAUCCCCUACGCCCACAGCCGCACCGAGCUGCCCGCCUGGCGCUGGCGGCCGCGGGUUCCCCCCGGAGGAGAGGACGACGGGAAGCCGCCGCUCGAGCAGCCGCGCGAGCUGACGGGCCUGCUCGCGGCGCCCUUCAUGAUGGUCCUGCACCGCGCGCCGUCGCAGGCCUGCCCCGUCGAGCUGCAGGCCUUCAACUUCUGGGCGCGCAACUUUGUCUACCGCCUCGACGAGCUGCCCGACAUGGGCCACGAGUACACGACCUACGUGCUGCCGCGCUGGGACGGCGCCCCGCAGGGCAGCGUGCUCGACCUGGCGCUGUCGGCCGUCACGCACGCCGUCUUCGGGCGCGCGCGCCGCGCGCCCGACGCCACGGCCGAGGCGGUGCGGCUGUACCAGCGGUGCGUCGUCGCCGCCAACGAGCAGGUGCGGGCCGCGCAGGUGGACCCCGUCAUGCUGGACGACCUGCUCAUGGCGAGCAUGCUGAUGGCGUACUAUGAGAACACCAUGUUUAGCUUCCAGAGCGAUCGGCCGCAUGCCACGCGGCAGGACAAGGUCGGCUCGCGCUUCUGGAAGAACUUUGCGCACCACCAGGGCGCGGCGGUGCUGCUGAAACUGCGCCGGGAGAAGGGGAUGAGGGCUAACCUGGCUUUGGACAAGGUCGUGAGGAGACAAAUUGUGCGAACGUGCAUUCUCCGCGGCGUACCCGUGCCAGCCUGGAUGGCGGACGGGAAGGAGUACGGCGAGGAAGGGCCGGUCCUCGCGCUGGACUCGCUCAUGGUCCGUCUCUCGCUGCUCCGCGCCAGAUCCGUCGACAGGUUCGGGGACAGCGGGCUCUCAAAACUAGGAGACGACGCCCAGGAGCUCGACAGAGCGUUCGCGGCCUGGGCCAGCAGCCUCCCUCCCGAGUGGACCGAAGGGUUCACAGUCGAUCCCACCAAGAGCAGCAGCGCCAUCGUGCCUACGUACGCUUCGCCGGGCCACGCAGCCGUGUGGAACAGGUACCGCGCCGCCAGGAUAGCGAUCAACAGCAUGCGGCUCGCCUCCCUGCCGUCCCUGACGCUCGACUUCAACGGCGCGUCGUACCCGAUCGGCGACAGCGAGCACGCCGAGUGCAGGGUCAACAUCGAGGUCAUGACGCGCGACAUCUGCGGCGGCAUGCAGUACUUCCUAGACUACGAGAGCCGAGUCAACGGCACGGCCGGCUCGCGCGAGGAUGGCGACGGCGACGGCGCGAGUGCGGGAGAGGACUUCUCGGAGCUGCCGCCGAAACUGGCGCUCUUCAUGGCCUGGCCGCUGACGCUGGCCAUCAGCACCAAGGACACGCCGCCGACGGAGAGGCUGUGGCUGGCGCAGUGUCUGCAGAGGACUGCGCGGGCGCUGGGCGACUCGACGCUCGAGUCGAUCCUGGAGCAGAAGGACUUUAAGUUUUGA